AUUAGUUUCGUUAAGUUUACGUGUAAUCAACUGAAGAUAUAUAAAUUAUAGAGUUGCUCGAAUGGUUCACAUUGCACAGUGAAGCAAUUCUACUAUAUAGCAGUCUACUCUUAUUGCUUUGGAAAAUAUAAACAAAAAGAAUUAAAGAAUUAAACAACCGUUUAAUUAAAAAAAAAAAAUCAGUUGAAGCGGAAAAACAUUUUCGGAGCAUUUAAGAAGAACUGCUUUCUCAUUCGGCAAAUUUGGUAUGAUUACGGAGAAAGCAAGUGAAAGUUUUCUGGGUGGCGGUAUUUAAUGUUAGAGAACGGUACUCGGCUGAAAACACUUCCGAAUCAUCCAUCAGCUAGUUUAGCUCGUACAGAUUGAUCAGUUAAAUUUUUAUCGCUAUUGUGUCCGACAGCGAGAUACAAAUCUCGGAUCUAAGUGAAAGAUUACUACUCUACGAUGUUUAUAGUGUAUACAUAGUGAAUUUUUCCUGUUCUGUGCAACACGUGUAGCGUAGACCAUACAGUUUGCUGUUCAUGAUUAGCUGUUAUGCGAGACGCACUGUAAGAUGUAAAAUAUUAAAAAGGUUCGACAACUGUCUUCUGACUGAACUUUAUUCAACGAUGAUACAGGCAAGCUUAUAGACUAAAUCGGAAAUAUGUUAUUAGCAGCUUACGAAAACAGACUGACUCGAUCAGAACUAGAGGGAUCUUCACUACGAUAAAAAAGGUGGAAAUUCUGAUAAAUUUCAACAAUAACGUGACAUUUUCGAAUACCAAAAAUAUGCGUGAUGGGAAUGAAAGAAAUUGAGAUAUCGCGAUUGACGUCGCGUACUCUUGAAUUUAGAAAAUAUGGACACAUCGGAAUUCAUACAAUUUGCAAAAGCGACUAUAGACUACGUUGCGGAUUAUACUGAUACUGUGAGAAGCAGAAACGUAUUGCCGGAUGUAGAACCGGGUUAUCUUAGUAAGUUACUUCCAAAAGAAGCACCGCAAAAAUCCGAAAAAUGGCAGGAAGUUCUCAAAGAUGUGGAAAAAUAUAUUAUGCCAGGGGUGACACAUUGGAGCUCGCCGCACUUUCAUGCAUAUUUUCCAUCAGGUAAUUCUUUUCCAUCCCUUGUUGCUGAUAUUGUGAGCAGCGCGAUUGGAUGUAUCGGUUUCAGUUGGAUAGCAUCUCCAGCUUGCACCGAGCUCGAAGUCAUUACAUGCAAUUGGCUUGGGCAGAUAUUAGGACUUCCUAGCGAGUUUUUGUAUAGUAGCAACGGAACAGGUGGUGGAAUCAUCCAGGGAUCUGCCAGUGAAUGUACAUUCAUAUGUUUACUUGCUGCGAAAGAACGCACAGUGCGUCGAGUGAAACAACUUCAUCCAGAACUAGAUGAGGAUCGCAUCAGAGCUAAACUAGUCGCAUAUACUUCUAACCAAUCUAAUUCUUCAGUGGAGAAGGCAGGAAUUCUAGGAUCAAUGCCAAUGAGGUUGCUACCAGUGGAUGAUAAGUGCUCUCUACGCGGAGAAACUUUAAAGAAAGCGAUGCAGGAAGAUAUGGAGAAAGGCCUUAUACCGUGUUAUGUGGUCGCUACUUUAGGAACUACUAGCACCUGUGCCUUCGACAAUAUGAAUGAGAUAGGACCAAUAUGCAAAGAAUAUGAUAUGUGGUUGCACAUUGAUGCAGCUUACGCGGGGGCUGCAUUUAUUUGUCCGGAGUUUAGAUAUUUGAUGUCCGGCAUUGAGUAUGUGGAUUCUUUUAAUAUAAAUGUUCAUAAAUGGUUGCUUACAAAUUUUGAUUGUUCGGUAAUGUGGGUAAAAGACUCGAGACGUCUUGUAGAAACAUUCAGUGUUAACAGAAUAUAUCUAUCAGACUAUCAAGAAGGAUUGGUACCAGAUUACAGAAAUUGGCAGAUACCGUUGGGCCGACGUUUUCGUUCCUUAAAAUUGUGGUUUGUCAUGCGCAUUUAUGGAGUAGAAGGUCUUCAGGAGUAUAUUAGAAAUCACAUAAAACUAGCGCAUCUUUUCGAAACAUAUGUCAGAUCGGACGAUAGAUUUGAAAUAACCAAUGAAGUCAUUUUAGGUCUUGUCUGUUUUCGUAUCAAGGGUGAUAACAGUUUAACAAAGGAACUCUUAGAUCGUCUGCAGGCUAGGAAAAAAAUUUAUCUCAUUGCCGGCACGUAUCAUCAUAAACUUGUUGCUAGAUUUGCCGUUUGUAGCCGAUUAUGUCGAGAAGAAGACAUUGCUAUUUCAUGGAAUGAAAUAUGCAGUCAGACGACAGAAAUUUUGCGAACAAAAUUUAAUAAAGAAUCGGUUAAAAAUGGCAUAAAAUCGACGGAGGAUAUUGCGACAAGAAUAGAAAGUUUAAACUUAGAGUCAAAGAAAAAUAUGCAGAAAAUAUCGUAACUGAUCUUUCCUCCGUAAAAUUUCGCGAUCGAUUAAUUAUAUUAUGUAUUAUUAUUUUUUAUGGCUUCAUAAAUUCUUA